AUGAGUUCAGCUCAGCAUCACGAGGCAUCCACCUCGACUUCAAAUAAGUCCUCAAAUCGUAGAGGACGUGGGAGAUAUAGCAAGAACCGCCCUCAGCCGUCUGGAGAGGCGGCUCCAAGCGGCGAUCGGUCACAGACGAGCCAAGCAGGCGCAAGUAGCUCCAUGAACCAUAGCAAAUCCUCUAGAUCUCGCAAGUUUGGAGGUCAACUUUCGUCUAAUAUCGCAGAUGUACCUCCCAGUGAGGUAACACCAGACUCUGUUAGUAAUCCGUCGCGAGAACAUCGAUCGAAGCAGGCAGAAAAGAUGCCAGAAAAGCAUAAAACUACGCAAAUGUUCCGCAUAGAGGGCGUCAAUAUGCCAGAUCUGACAAAUAGGCUGAUCGAGACCCUCAAGUCACCGCCAUAUGCGGACUGUGUGAUCUGCUGGUCUCCUAUCCACCCCCUGCAGCCUACUUGGGCAUGCACUGUCUCAGAGGAGACAAACCGAUGUUGCUGGGGUGUCUUCCAUAACAAGUGUAUCGUCUCAUGGAGCAAAAAGAAUAUACAAGAGGCAAAGGCAGUUAUUCAAGCACGAAAUGAAGAUAAAGAACCGGAGUGGCGUUGUCCCGGAUGUCAAACCGCGCGAACUCAGCCUCCUGGACCCUACAACUUGAUUGUGGCAACCACAAAUGCGAGCAAAUUUGCCAUCCUGGAGAUUGCAUACAAUGUGCAGAAAGUUACACUUCGUCGUGUUACUGUGGCCGCCACCAGCGAUUACUUCCUUGUGGAACAGGACACAAGAUGGAUUGCACGGAUGGAGAGAAGGAAUGGGUUGGCGAAUACUCGUGUGAUGAUACUUGCGACCGCAAAUAUUCGUGCGGAAAGCAUUCUUGUACCGAGCCUUGCCAUUAUCACUCGCCCAUAG